UUUACGACAUUUCCGAAUACGCAACUAAGAAAAGACGUGUCACCGAAUGGAGCAAGAGAUCGGCUAAGACAUGAAGGUGGCCGCAAUUACAAAACCAGUGAAAAAUUUGUGGGGUCGCUCGGAGAAAUCCAUGACAACUUCCACCAUGUUCUCCUACUGCUUCUCAUCGACGAUCAAACCCGCUUCUCACUCCUCGGUUUUCCAACCAUCCCUCCGCUCUAUCAGCUCUCCGUCCUUUCAUCUCCGACCCAAAUCUCGGAACUUCAUUUCCCUCAAUGAAUCUUCGUCGUUCCCCGGAAAUUCAAUCUCCAUUAAGACACGAAAUCUCUGCGUCGUUUCCGCCUCUAAAUCGGACAAUGGAUCGCAAGAAUCUUCCUUUCAGGGAGCUGAGUCAUUUUUUAGGAGCGUGCUGGAAAGCAUGGAAAAGGUGUACUUAAACAGGAACCCCACAGCAAAACAAAUAUUAGAGCUUGUUCAAUCUGUCGACAGCAACCGAAUUUGCUAUGAUCAUUUGGCAUUUAGAACAUUCGGGGUGAACGGUUAUGGUAUUGACUCGAUGGCUAAAUUUUUCCUUGAUUUUGGCUAUGAGCCACGGGACGAGUUGAGGUUUCCUGCAAAGAAAUUGAAAGCGCUGUGGUUUUCGCCUCCCAGUGUUCCUCUUCCUGAUGGUGGUAGUGGCACCAAUGGGCCUUUGCCAAGAAUUUUUAUAUCAGAGCUUCUUGUAGAUCAGAUGAGUACGCAAACUCAGGAAAUAAUUAGGAAAUACACUGAUAUAUCCAGUUGUGGAAAUGAACAUGCAGCUCUUGCAAGUGCUCUGGGAUCUCUAACUUGGGAAAAACCUCUGUUUUCCGAGUUCCAACAAUUGGCAAGGGAAAGUGAAUAUGCUGCUUGGACCCUUGUCAACGGGUAUGCACUGAACCAUGCUACUAUUUCCACUCAUCAGCUCAAAUUUCACUUGAGAAAUAUAAAAAACCUCAAUCGGUUUAUUGAAGACAAUGGGUUCAAGUUAAAUUCUGAAGGGGGAGUUCUGAAAGUGAGCCCCGAUGGCCUUCUGCUGCAAAGUUCUACGGUAGCAGAUUCGGUUUCUUUCCAGUUUUCUGAUGGUAUCACUGAAUUAGUUCCCUGUUCAUACAUUGAGUUUGCGGAACGCCUGGUACUGCCUCAAUAUAAAAAUAUACCUGAAAAAGAGGUUAAAGAGUUCCACAGGCGAGAUGGAUUUGAGGUUGGAAAUGCUGACAAGAUCUUUGAAAGCACAUCCAAGGAGCAGCUGACCAGGAGGGCUGCAUGAGACGAAACCGAGUCUUUAGGGGAAUAAGAAGGGUUUGGCACAUCUGUAUGGAGUUUCCAUUAAAAGUGGUCUCCAAGUCUGAGAUGUUAAUAUGCACGUAUACUUGCAACAACUGAAAAGGCCUGAAGCAUGUACCUUAAUUGCUUCAAAUGUAAAAAAGGGGGGAUAGUGUAAUGGAUAAAAUGGUCGGAACCAAAACUUGACAAUGCUUAAGAUUCCCUUAAAGCUUGGUCGUAUGUCUGAUUCAGAACAGAUUAUUACUCGUAGGCUUCAACCUCAGUAUUGUGGCAAAUAAACGAGGUGGAAAAUUAAUAUUUUCUUGAUAA